AGCGCUAGCGAUACUGCAUGCACUGUAUAUUUUUAUAGAGCGCGCGAGCGGCCACUCCUUGAUAAUAUACAAACUUGAUCUCUCCGCUUCGUACACCCUUUUUGUGACCCAAAUAACGCGACGGUGGUAGUUCCUAGAUCUUUGACUUCUAAUUUGAUCUAUUCAGACAUCAAGGGCUACUUUCAUUGGACAGUUGGGAUAGCUUUGACCACAUUCAGGCAAAAUGUCACAAUUAAGCAACAUCAAGGAGCGCUUGGGGCUGAUCCAGUCAGAUAUUGAUACCUCGAACGGGGCCAUCAGAGAGCUUCAAACUGAAUUGGAGGAGCAUUCACAGAGAGCAGAAGAUUUUGAAGAACAAGCCAAGACGCUCAACAUGAAAUGUAGAGACCUGGAAGACGUCAUGUCUGACCGGGAGGAUGAGCUUAGACAGCGUAAAUUGAAGAUUGAUGAGAUAGAGGCAGAAUCUGAUGAAAACUCCAGAUUUUCAAGAGUGUUGAAGAUGCGUGAAAACACCAACACUGAUAGGAUUAAAGAUUUAGAGACCAUGAUGGACCAACAAACUGCAGAUAUUGAGCGCUUAGACAAAGUCAACUCUGAUCUUCAGAGUAAGUGCCAACAGAUGGAGGACAAAUUAGAAGAUGCUGAAGACAAUAGUAUUCGUCUGAAGAGUACCUUAGAUGACCGUCAGGAGGAGAUUACUCAGUUAAGAAACAGCUACAAAUCUCUGCAGGCUACAGACAAGAAGAUGUGUGAGGACUUGGAUCACUUUGAGACUGAUUGCAGAGAUAAGAAAAAGCUACUGGAUGAGACGUCAUGCCGUGCAGAGGAUGCAGAGACCUCUGUUACACAACUCAGAAAGCGAGUGGAUGAGCUUGAAGAUGAACUCCAGGAGUGGCAGAGCAAGAAACACACAUGUCAGGGUGAAUUGAAUCAACUCAUUUCAGAAAUCAAUGAAAUGUAGACAACUUCAAUGUGCAUCACAUUCUUAAUUGAUUUUGAUGGAAAUUUUUGGUACAGGCACAAAACUUCUUGUAUAUAGAGAAAAAAGUAAUCGGAAAGUAACCACUCUCUCAAAAAAGACAACCAAAACAUAUUUGACGAUAAAAAUCAAAUUAAUAUCAAUUUUUAUGAGGGCAGAUAUUGCCCCAAGCCCUAGGAGAGGCACUGGCUCCUAGAUCUCUGUGGUUUUGAUAAAAUAAAAAAAUCCAUAUUUUUCUCUCUUUUACUUUUUUUCUUCUUUCUAGAAACAGGCAUAUGUGAGUGAACAAUAAAAACUAAUGAACAUAUUCACUAUAGAGGAAUAGAGGAAUUAUAAUGACAAGUUGUAAUGCAUGGAAUCACUCCUUUUGAGUACUGGUGGGUGAUAAUGGUCUUGUGCUUGUGUGCAGAAAUGAGGCAGGGUGUGUUUCAUAGUGUAGUAAACACCUAGACAAAAGAUCUGUAAAGCUAGAAUGUAUCAAAUCAACCUCAAAUAAACUUUACCUGCCAUUCUAUAGGUUAGCAGUAAAAAGAAAUAUGAAGAAAAAAAGGAAUAACAUAAAACAUUGCCGGCUUUAUUUUAUGCGAGCGCAUAUGCGUGUGUUGACUUGUCUACUCAAGUUGUUUUAUGUUUACUAAGAGUGUAACUAAACUGCAAUAUAUCUCUGUAGAAGUAGUAUUCAAAGCUUAUAUUUUAGAGUGUAGUGACAUGGAACCCUGUUACAUCAAGAAGAAAACAUGUUUUGGUGAUUAGUACAGUUCACUAGUAAAUAUAGCAAAAAAACAUUUAGGUUUUGAAUAGCUGUUUGCAAAGUAUGUUCUGAUUGGGGCUAGGAAAUCAUUAAUAAAUGGACCGAAUGUCAAGUGUCAAUUGAAACAAGCUGUCUUUAAGUACUUAAGGUUUUCAGUUACUACUGAAUAUUCAGACCUUGAAAGUUGACAUAUUUCAUGUAUAUUAAUGAAGAAUGUCCAGAAGAUGAAAGGGGAGUAAUGGUGAGCAAUUUAAUUAUUUGUUUUUAAAUCCAGCUACAACUGCUAUGUUCUCGUAAUGAACAUUUAUUUCUAUAUAUCACCAGGCUGUAGGCUUUUAGUUUUUAAGAGAUUUGAUUUCAAUUAAUGAUCAAGACUUGAAUUAAAAAGGGAUGAAAUUAAAUUGAUUAAGUUCAGCAGAGGUCAUUUUGGCCACUGAACAUCCAACCUGUCAAGACCUUGAUUUAGAGUAAUUUAAAAAAAAUGAUAGUUGCUUUUGAUAAGUCAAGGGAGUCUACCAGUUUAAUAUGUAUGAAAGUAGAGUUACUAUGGUUUAGUUGUUCAUUCUGUGGACGUUGAUUUCAGACGUUAAGGGCUUCCAUCCCAUCCCUGCUUGAACGUCUUUUGGACAGACAUCAAACCAUAAUUUGCCAUUUUACACUAAGGUGUAAAUGGGUAUUAUUAUCAUUAUUGAUAUCAUUCUCAUUUUUGUUAUUAUUAUUAUCAGAUAAAUUUUGAUACAGCAAUUUCAUGGAAAUUUGAUAAAUACAUUUUAUUAUAUGGUGAAAACUAUUCAUAAUGAUUGAGACAGGAAGAUGAGUGAAGUAGAAGACAUUAUGCAAUCAAUCAUGCAGGUUAAGUCACAAUUGGAUAAUGAACGAGACUUCGUUACAUGGCUAAAUGUGACUUAGCCAUUUAACCACUUAACCUUUUGUAAUAGGAAGUGGUGAGCCACAGGCGUGAAAUUGUUCAUUUAAAAUAAUUGACAUGGCAUAGGAUUUAUUCAUGGAAUCAUGUAUGGUAUGAUCUUUUAUCUAAUCUUUGAGCUUUGUUAAAGUGGAAGUCCACCCUGAUAGUAACAUGGUUGCAUUAGCAGCAGAAAAAUUAGAGGAACAGGUCAAUGAAAGGUUGUAAAAAAUCCGAUAAAAUUAAGAAAGUUAUGAAUCUUUGAAUUUGUGAUCAAUCAAAUUGUUGGUAACUCUUUUUAUAUGCAUUUAUGUUGUCACAGUCAUUCACAGUACAAUUUUUUUUAAUUUUCAUGAGAAUUUUUCCCUUACCAGAACUCAAGAUUAUCUUUGAAUUUACUUCGUUUUGUAUUAUAUUCUUUAGAUUUACAUUGAUUUGUUUAUGCUAUUCUUUAGUUUGUAUGCGCGUGUGGUUGGGUGUCUGUGUGUGUAUGUACUAGGUGAAAAAAUGACAAUUGACAUCUACAUUUACUAUGGUGGUGCACACUAAAAGCAAUUAGUAAUUCAAGCCAUGAUCUUAACUGAAUUAAGGUGGAGACACCUUGGCGACGCAGUCUUGAUUACACCUAGCUAAUACGUGCAGUACACUGGUAUCAGAUUUAGAAUUUCACUAUUAAUUAUAUACCAUUAUUAAUAGGGAGAAAGGGUAUGUAUCUUAAUUUUCACUACUUUGUUUGGAUGUGUACAUGUACUUAAGGAUCAUUAAUAGUGACCAGUAUACAGCAUUAGUUAUGAAAGUAAAUACAUAUGUAGCUCAAUGCUGAAAUGCUGUUUUGUGCUGUAAAGUUCUAGUGAAAUCACAGGACACCAAUUCUUUUUCAACCUGAUGUGUGUAAGUGACGUGUAGUUAUCAUUGUGGAUACAUUCCAACUGCAAAUUUAGUUCAUUCCAAUACCAUGUGGAACUUCUUUGAAUAUAUUUUGAGAUACAUUGUCAUAUGAUUGGAUGUUUUUCAACACUUCCUUUUUGUAUAUUGCAUUCCAGAAACUUGAUCUUUGAUAGAGUUAUAUCAUAUUUUACCAUCAAUCUUCAGUUUUCAGCUCUGCCAGAUUACUGAAAGGAAAAUGAAACCCAACAAAUAUUAGCCGAUCUUAUUUAGGCAGUUAGAAAUAUCAUGAAAUUACUCCUAUUUGAUUACCAAGUAAGAAUAAACAAUAAAACUGGUACUACUCUGUCACCACUAUGUUAAUCAAAAUGGCGACUCCUAUGGGAGAAUGGCUAGCGAGGAAACCGCAAACUUUGGAGAGAUUGUACCUGGCUCAGAUUUUUUUCUUUUUUAAUAAAGCUAUCAGCUAAACUUUGUUGGGUUUCGUUUUUCUUGAUUGAAAGUUCCCCAUGUUCCUACUGAAAAUGUUUCCUUUAAAUACAUGUACUAUGGAAAGCUUCUCCAAUUCUGUUUUUUGUAUGAUGCAACAAAGUGCUCCAAUUAUCAACAUGGAUUUAUUAGUAGUAUAAAUUUCAUCUACUUUGUAGAAUUGUACAUUUACUUUGAGAUUUUUAAGUGUCCAAGGAGAAGACUGCAUAACUAUCUGUGAAAAGGAACUUCAAUCCCAUCCUAUUGGCUGCUCCUUUUGAUGGUUUGUAUCCUCUUAAAAAUAUUGAUUUAUGUUGACUAGAUUUUAUCCAAAUUUAUUGUAGGUACUUUCUAUUACUUCAUUACCAAAUAUAUGUACAAAGAUUGUUUUAAUCAAUAAAGCCUUUACAUAAUGUUGAGUGUGAUGCAGCUAAUCACGCUCUCUAAUUGAUUGUGAUAGAAUAACUGUUUUAUAGUAGAUUACUUAUCAUGAAUCACCUGUAAUCAUUUGCAUGUAUUUUCAAAUAAAGAAUGUUAUCCCCAUUUUUUUUAGCAUUAUAAUCAUGUGAAUAUUAAAGGUUUCAUUUGCUAGUUUCUUUAAAAUAUGAA